AUGCUGUUGAAUGGUUUCUGCGUGCACCGGCGACAGUCAAGGCCGCUGGCUGGCGAGCGCAACACAGCUGCACUACUCGUCAAACCCAAGGCGAGCCGAUCCGCCGCGUCGUCACACCAAAUUUCCAUUUCCAGACAUGUUCUGAUCGUCGGGUUCGGAACAGAUGGGGCCGUCGAGACGAUUUUGUUUGGAGUCAAAGGGGAAGAAGCUUUUGACAUUGGACACAAGUUUACUCACUGA